AUGGCAGAUUCAUCGUUAAGAUCAACAGCUUCUUGGAAGUCUUGGUGGACUGGGAAACCCAUAGCGAAAGAGAUUGCAGAAUCCAUUUACAAGCACAUUGACCCCACGAAGUGUGCUGGUAAUGGGCGCUUGGUUACUUUAGCUGUGGCUGGGAAGGUGACCCUGGCGGAUGUCCAAGAUGAAUUCAAAGCCAAGUUGACCGAGGGAAUCCUUUUGGUUUACCCACCGAAUAAGGAUGCGUCAGCAUACUUGCUGGCUGAUGCAGUUCUUCAUUUGGAUAUUCUCAUGGGUCAUUCCAUUUUGGGUUUCCUUUCGGCCAACCCAAUGGUUGAAUCAUCAAGACGGGAUCGUGCACUCAAAGAUGGGACCAAUUUGAAAUGGUUGUUGUCUUACAUCAGGAAUAGCUCGGGGAGACAUGAGAAAGGCAGAGAUGCAACAGUUACCUACUUGAAGGAACUUGCAGCGUCAAUGCACAAGCCCAAAAGGGUCAGUCGUUCAGGGAGUCAGGCUAGCAUGUCCCCAGUAUCGCCGUCUACUUCAUCGGUGGCUACUACCAUUGGGCUUGAUGGUGAGUCGCUGUAUGCAGAUACUGGAAGCAAUCCAUCGCCAUCUGGCGUGGCUUCAAAACAGUGCUCGACGGUGACGGCAGAUUUGAGCAUCAUCGACCAGACCUUGCAACUGCUUGGGUUGGACCCUAACACUGCUCAUUCCCAAGAUCUGCUUGAGAGGGUGCAGGCAACAUACCCACCUGAGUUCUACGGGCAUAUUUUUCAGCCUUGCGAUCAUCCUUCAGAAGAUCCAAGCCAUGCCCCAUCCGAACCCCUUUCGGUGGAACCAUCCCAUGAAGUUCCUGUUGAGAUGGAUACCCCGAUCGAAUCCUUUUUCGUGGAACCAUCCCAUGAAGUUCAUCAACCAGAUCUGGAGAUAGUGGAGACAGGGGAGCCAACCGAAGAUCCCAUGGCGCCAGAGGUUGCUGAGCCCCUACCCUUGACCGAUUCCAUCAAUGUUGAAGUUGAAAGUUCUGCCGCAUCUGCAGACACGGCCGAUGUUCCCAAAAAAAUUCGCCACAGGAAAAAAGGUCCUGAGCUUGACCGGCCAAUGGCAUCCAGUCCAUUGGAGCCACCAGGUGGCCCUGAAGGACCAGUGUCAGGCCCACCAGCAGUGGUUUGCCCUCGUGAGCAGUUGAAGCUUUUGGAAGCCCAGCGGCCGAAGCGAACAGCUGGGGGCACCGCUCCAGAUGGAGGGAAGAAGGCCAAGAAGCCCUGCAAGGAAAAGAGCGAUGAUGCAGGGCCAUCGGAACCAGCCAACAUGCUGCCAAUUCCAGAAGGAAUGCCAGCAGAACUACUUCCAAGUGGGAAGAGACGUGGGCGACUUUCAUACACAGUCCAGGAUCAGGCUUCAGGUGCAAAGAUCGAAGUGCUUCUCAAGCACCGUGCGUUUCGUGUGGUUUGCUGUGCAGAAAAGACGCCUAGUGGAGAGAAGCUCGAACCACCUGUGCUCAAGCAGCGCUCAUGGAAUGGCGACAUUGGCGGGGCUUGGGCAGAGACCAAGGUUGUCUGUGGCUGGAUCGGCUGA